AUGAACAACAGCCAGUUCUUGCAUGACAGAACAGGCCGCAUUCCGCCUACAGAUGCUGAGUAUGGCAAAGCGUCUGGUGUACCUUCUCGCGACUUCUGGGUUGUCUUUGCUGCAUGUCUUCUCGGUUUGAUGGGCUGCUUCCUGCUGAUCGUGGGGGUUUCUGAGUACAAUACCCGGCGUUGGAGAAAAAGAUUCGCCAAAGACGAGGAGCUGGCUUUGGCAAAGCCUUCCAACAGCUUGAGCUGUGCGCAACGAGAGGUGUUUCGCGGAUCUCGCUAUGGCGUCAGCUUUGCAUUUCACAUGGAUUUGGCGUGGCGGGGUGCACUGGUGACUUUCUUUUGUGCUGCCACUUAUGGUGCCAACUUCUUGAACUGGUGGCAGCGGCAGGGAUGGUCAAUGAGUUAUGUUGUGGUUAUAGUCGUCUUCACAUUGUAUAAGGACUUGGGGAGCACAGUUGUUCUGGCUUGGACAGGCUUCUAUGGUACACUGCUCCCAGUGCUAAACUGCUGGUUGAUUUUUUACCUUUUCCCUGACGGUGUCAAGAAAGACGAGACUUGGACGAAGGUUUUCGGCUGGGUGGAUUUCCUUGUGUUUGUCCUGCUGAUGUUCGGCCUGGGUUUCGCCACGAACGGGAAGAUGUAUGCGUUGUCUUGGCAGGCCUACUUCUCCAUGUGCUUCCUGAACCCCUUUGACCAGACUUUGUUCAGCCAAGGCCUUGACGUCCAGCUUCACGCUGCAGAAACGAGUGCCUUGACAGGAACUAUCAUAGGAUGCAUCUUCGCACUGUUGGUUGCGGCGUGGAUGAACAUCUCCGCCUUACGGAAGGCCCAGCACAUGAUGCUGGAUUUGACAUGGUCUCAUGGCCGGCUCCUUGAACAACUCUUGGAGAUGGGUUGCUUAAGGAUGAGGCCACAAGCGGCCUCCGUCUUCGCAGUUGAGGUUCAAAGCUUACAGCAACAGCUUUUGGAGAUUCGUGGGCUUUUGAAGAGCAGCUGGUGGGAGUGUCUCGACCUGGGGUCAGCUGGCCAGUCCCGACUGAUGCUUCUAGAGAUGUGUCGGAACCUUGAUUUCCUGAUUGGCUGGCUUGAAUCCAUGGUCAUGGCAGUGCAGCAUGCAAAGCUUUCGAACCCGAACCCAGCCCACGAGCUGCACCCCUCACCUCACAUCUUCGACUUGGAGAAGCUCCGGGAGCUCAUCGAGAGCGCCAGGGAAGCGUUGCAGCAAAGCUGCCAGGCAGCUGUUCAAGGCAUCUCCUGGGACGCCGAGGAAGAGUCCCACUUGGAGUUCUGGUUGAGUGCACUGGAGGACGCCCAGAUGAAGGCGCAUGAGGCCUUGAAGGCCAAGUUCAUGCCUUCCGGCUCCUGGCAGCGGCUCUUCACUUCAGCCCACUUGCCCCAGUUUGCUCUGGCCUCCAGUGCCUCUGGCUACAGCCAGAAGGUGGCAGAUCUUCUGAUUGCCAUGGCCGAAUUCGAGCCUUCAGAGGUGGCCGUGGGGCCUUGUCGGGGAUUUCUGUUAGGUCUUCGGGCGCUUCCAGGCGCAGACCUGCAGACCUGGAAGGCCGUGAUGAACUGCCUGAAGCUAUCGGUGGCUUUCACGCUCUGCUUCGUGAUUGGAUGGUUUGGGAUCGGGAUGCAGACUGGUUCCUUCGUGCCGGCCUUCAAUGCCACUCCGGCAGGCACUGUGGCCUACUUAAUCUUCCAGGGUGGAAAUCAGGCAGCCGCAUUAAAGAAGAACAUGGACCGUUUCAUGGGCGUUGCCUUUGGCUCCUUGUUGGAGACGCUGACGGUCGGCCUGUGCGGCUCCCUGAAGGCUUUCGUCGGCUGGGAUGUUGCCGCAUUCCUUUUCCUUGGCAUUUACUUCGCCUUUGAGUUUCUUGCCUUGUUCGUGUACUUUUCGUCCCCGACUUUCUCCUACGCUGGCCUGAUGUUCUGUUGCUUUUAUGCCAACUCAGCCUUGCGACCCCUCGAUCGCCAUGACGGCUUCUCAAAAUCAGGUGCACUUCAGAAGCCUAAUGGGGUUCGGCUGCAGUGUGAGUCAGAUUACCAGAGCAUCCUGAGCCAGUUGAUUGCCAUCCUUGUUGCAACAUUGAUGGAUGUCAUUGCCGAUGAGUCCUUGAGUAUCCGGGCCACAGCAAAGUUGGAGAGUUUUGCGAAGCUCGUGGAUGAGGCUUUAAGCAGAUAUCCCAUCAGCACCCGCUCAGCCGCCUUGGAGUUGCGCAAGGAGGGCAGUCACCUGCUCCGGGCCGCCGCCGCCGACGGCACCGAGGCGGCGCGGGAGCCGCGGUGUCUCGGUGUCCCGUGGCGAUCGGAGCUCUGGAGCAGGGUCAUGAAGGUCUGCAACGAGACCUGGCAAUGUCUGACCAUCGUGACCACCACCGAAAGCCCGGUCACCCAUCAGGAGAAGUCACUGCGGAGGUCUGUGGAGAUUCUCUGCAGCUCACCUAGCUUCCAAGAGAAGCUCCGGAGCCUGCAGCUUCGGACGCAGAAAGCUUUCCAACUGACCAUGGGCUACCUACGACAGAACUACUACGAUGAGAGGAACACCGAGAUGAUUGAGCUACAAGAAGAGAUGAUCAUCAGAGCAUCCUUCGCAGAGACUGGCCUGCACCAGAUCAUUGCCGAGCUUCACACCGACUUGCGAAUGGAGGAAGGCGCCCGUCAGCUGCUGGACAACCCGGUGUGCGCCGUGGCCAUGUUCCUGAUGAUGUUCGAGGCACUCGUUGCGCGUGAGGUGCAACUGGAGACAGCCAUCUUGGAGCAGCCUGAGGUGUGGCAGCUGUUGACUGAAAAAGAUUUCGAGUCAGAGCUGAGUGUGCGCAGCUCAGACUCCCUGGGCGCGCUUCACUCCUUCUGCGUGUAG